CUCAAUCUCACUUAGACUACGAUUCAAGCCACAUAAUGGCAAGUUCAACCCCCCACAAUGGCACCCUGCCAUUCGACAUCUCCGAAUACCCGAAACUCACCCGAGAACAAGCCGGACAUCUCCGCCACUUCUACAACCUCAGUUCCGCUAUCGACGGGGACUGGCCACACAUGGGCUCCCAGGAACCCGCACAAGAGUUCCUCGAUGCCUAUCGCUACCAACUAGCCACCAUGGCCUACGCCUCAGCAUUAGCUCACUACCACCGCAUGCCCGCCAUGCGCGGACUCUUCAAGCCAUUAAUCCGCCGCUUGAUUCACAAGAUGUUCCGCCGUGAAGUAUGGGGAUACUGGUACAUCACCUCCCAAUCCGGAGUGAGGCUGGACCCGGAUCUAAAGGAGCUACGCAAGCCCUGGGCGAACCCGGUCAUCCGCGAGAAUAUCAUGUACAGUGGUCAUUUGUUGCUAAUGACUAGUCUGUAUGCGAUGUUGUUUGAUGAUGAUGAGUUCGAGCGGCCCGGAAGUCUGACCUUUCACUGGAACCCGUUGUUCUGGGGCAUGGGCCCGGAGACGUUCGAGUAUGAUAAUCGCAGUUUGCAGCAGGCGAUCGUGGAUGAGAUGGAACGGAAUGGGUGGGUGGGGGUGUGCUGUGAGCCGAAUUUGGUCUUUGUGGCUUGUAAUCAGUUUCCGAUUAUUGCGAUGCAUCUUAAUGAUGCGCGGGAUGGGACUAGCGUGGCGAAGGAGGUUCUGGGGAAGUAUAGGCUCGCGCUGGAGCAAAAGGAGAUGAUUUCGCGGGAGGGUUUGUAUAAGGACUGGAUCAGCGUUAAACAGGGUCAUCGUGCGACGCCUCAUAGUAUUGGAUUGACUGCUUGGGCGGCGGCAUUCAUGAACACCUGGAACUCGGGAUUUGUCCGGGCAGGUUUCCCCCAUCAUGCCAAAGGAUUCAUCACCAACAUUGACGGACAAGUCGAACUGCAGCAUCCCAUGGUCGCCGGUGCCUACCGUGCCGCCUUGAAGGGCGAUCCAACUGAAUCGCAGGACUCGGCGCAACUUCUGCAAGCCGCGCGGGAAUCCUACAAGAAAAAUCGAUCGACCAUCCUUUCCCCUUUCAAAGAACCGACAUUCGGAUAUGUCGUCAAAUGGCUAUCGGAGCUGGGCAAAAUUACGGAGCUCAACGGACUCCUAGCAUACGCCGAUAAGCAUCUUCAGCCGACGUGGGAGUAUGGCGGUCUUUAUUACCCCCGGAAUGAUGUGGCGACGGAUGAGGACGGCCGCUGGACGCAUAUGGAUCCCUUCACUGGAAACUCUGCAAUCGGCUAUGCACGAUUAAAUGUUGAGAAUGGGCAGAAGAUUAUGAUGGACGCACCGUGGACGACAAAGUCUUUGGCGAACCGUCCGUAUGUGGAUGGGUUAGACUUGUCGCAGGGUGUCGAUUGUCUGCGAGGAGUGUGGGAUCCGCAUCGCGCGGCACUGAUUCUCACUUUCCGGGAAUGGACGGGUCAAGGAGCGAAAGUUGCUUUCGACGUGAAGAAUCUUCCCUCGGGUCGCUGGAAGGUGCAUACUUCGCAAGGAGGCCGCACGACGCAUGAGCUGUUGAAAGGCGGACAGAUUGCUGUAGCCACGACCCUUGAUGGCUGUGAGGAGGUGGAUAUCGUGGUCACUCGGACUUGUGAUCGUUCUAGCGGCUUGGAUGCAGAAACGCUCUUUUUCUUGUUGGGCCUGGAUAUGCCGCAUGGGAGGGGUCUUUGUUGAACUUCUGUACUGACCUAUAAUUUGGCCAAGUAUGAUUUUGAUAUGACAAUUUUCGGGGCACAAGUAGAGGUUACUUCCGUCAUUCAUAAUUACGGCAUCACAGUUACAGACUUCUUGUGAUUUCAUUGAAGCUUCCGC